CCCAAAAUGGGCAUCCCCUACUCGCGCGAAAUAAACUCCGCCUUCGAGCAAGUCACGCCCCUCGUCGCCGCCGGCUUCAAGGUCCUGCGCACCACGAAGAACAUCUCCAUCCUGCUGGCCGUCAUCCAGGUCCUGACGGUCUUUUUUCUGCUCCUCAUCCUGCUCGCCCUGCUGCUGCUGCUGUAUACUGUGAAUCCGGAUUUGGAAAAAGAGCGCAAGGUCAUCGUCACGCCGUUCCUGCAAUGGCUCGCGCGCGUGUCCUUCUGGGGCGUUAUCAAGGGCGCGGUGAGCGCACUGGUGGGCAUUGCGCUCACGCUGGGGGUUAGCUGGUAUUUGUUUUUGGUUAAGCAUGAGGAUGUCGAGUAUGCGGGAAACGAGGACGCGGAUAAGGCGCUGGAGGAGAUGGAGGGAGAUGGGAAGAAGAAGGCGAAGGAGAAGGCGAAGGCGGAGAAGGGUAAGAAGAAUGGCAAGGAUGAGGGGAAGGAGGAGAAGAAAUAA